AUGAGUUUGGUGAUAAUAAUAAAUAUGGAACACGAUUUAAACUUCAGUGUAAAAUAUAGUCAGAAGCUUACAAGUGGCUUAUUUAACGAUGAUAAAGCUGCCAAAGUAUUAUCAGAGUUGACCCAUCUUGAAAGGUAAUAUAUAUCCAGUGACUAUAAGACUUACACAGAAACUCUUCGCUAUAGUGCAACCUUGCAUUGUGGAUUUCCAAAUAAAAAUCCUGAAAGUUAUCUUGUAAAAUACAUUGUCAAGAAUUCUGCUUAA